AUGCAGGCUAUCCUGGCAACCCAGGACCAAGCCCAGGUUGAUAAGUUGGCACAGCUCGCCGAUGCCAUCGCAGAAGCAACGCCAAAGACCCGUGUUUCCGAGGUAUCUGUAAAUUUAGCACCUUUAGAAGCCAUGCUUCAGCAACUCGCCCUUGUAACAACCAGAAUUGCCGAAGUGUCAGUGACGUUGUCAGAAGUAGCAUCGGGCUCAAGAGAUCGUGGCCGGUCUCCGUCUCGCGGCCGUUUCCGCGAUCGCAGCAGAAGUCGAUCUCGUCGAAAUAAUGAAGACGGUGUUUCUUGGUAUCACGAAACUUUCGGAAGUGACGCUAAGAAGUACAAUCUACCGUGUGCAUUUAAAUCGGGAAACGAACCGGGCCGGCGCUGA